UCGUCCCUUUCAGAAGGAGCGAAACACCUUUGGGCAAGAUGGGUGUCUACCGUGUCCGCGUGGCCACCGGGGCCUCGAUCUACGCAGGCUCCAACAACCAGGUGCAGCUGUGGCUGGUUGGGCAGCACGGGGAGGCGUCGCUGGGGACGCGCCUGCGGCCCGCGCGGGGCAAGGAGACGGAAUUCAAGGUGGACGUGUCGGAGUACCUGGGGCCGCUGCUGUUUGUGAAACUGCGCAAACGGCGCCUCCUCCAGGAUGACGCCUGGUUCUGCAACUGGAUCUCGGUGCAGGGCCCCGGGACCAGUGGGGACGAGUACAGGUUCCCUUGUUACCGCUGGGUGGAGGGCGACCGCGUCCUGAGCGUAGCGGAGGGCACCGGCCGCACGGUACUUGACGACCCUCAAGACCUGUUCAAGAAGCACAGGGAAGAGGAGCUGGAAGAGAGAAGGAAGCUGUACCGGUUGGGUAACUGGAAGGAUGGGUUAAUCCUGAAUAUGGCUGGGAACACAAUACGUGACCUUCCUGUAGAUGAGAGAUUUCUGGAGGACAAGAGGAUUGACUUUGAGGCUUCACUGGCCAAGGGGCUGGCAGACCUUGCUAUCAAAGACUCUCUAAACAUUCUGACUUGCUGGAAUGAUCUGGAUGACUUCAACCGGAUUUUCUGGUGCGGGCAGAGCAAGCUGGCUGAGAAAGUGCGGGACACCUGGAAGGAGGACGCCUUAUUCGGGUACCAGUUUCUCAACGGCACCAACCCCAUGCUGCUGAGGCGCUCUACUCGCCUUCCUGAACGCCUAGGUUCUCCGGGGAUGGAGCUGAGGGCCCAGCGGAGAAGGAGCUGGGAGGGGAACACGCUGUUUGAACUGCUCGCCCUUGUUGACGGGAUCAAGGCCAACGUCAUCCUGUGCAACCAACAGCACCUGGCUGCCCCUCUGGUCAUGCUGAAACUGCAGCCUGAUGGGAAACUCAUGCCCAUGGUCAUCCAGCUCCAGCUGCCGAAAAUAGGAUCCCCGCCACCUCUGCUUUUCCUGCCCACGGAUCCCCCAAUGGUCUGGCUUCUGGCCAAGUGCUGGGUCCGGAGCUCUGACUUCCAGCUCCACGAGCUGCAGUCGCAUCUCCUGAGGGGACACCUGAUGGCUGAGGUCAUUGCUGUGGCCACCAUGAGGUGCCUUCCCUCACUACAUCCUAUCUUCAAGCUCAUAAUCCCCCACCUGCGCUACACGCUGGAAAUUAACGUCCGGGCCAGGAAUGGGCUGGUCUCCGACCUGGGAGUUUUCGACCAGGUGGUCAGCACAGGUGGGGGAGGCCACGUGGACCUGCUCAAACGAGCUGGAGCCUUCCUGACCUAUAGGUCAUUCUGUGUCCCUGAUGACUUGGCUGACCGGGGGCUCCUCGGGGUCAAGUCUUCCUUCUAUGCCCAAGAUGCCCUGGAGCUCUGGGGAAUCGUCUCUCGGUACGUGGAGGGCAUGGUGAAUCUCCACUACAAGACAGACGAGUCUGUGAGGGACGACCCUGAGCUGCAGAGCUGGUGUCGCGAGAUCACUGAAAUUGGGCUGCAAGGCGCUCAGGACCGAGGGUUUCCUGUCUCUUUGCAGUCUCGGGAGCAGGUUUGCCGCUUUGUCACCAUGUGCAUCUUCACCUGCACUGGCCAGCACUCCUCCGUCCACCUGGGCCAGGUGCUUACCCUGGCUCUCACCAUGGUGGGCUGGCGUCUGCCCAGUUGCCAAGUGAUGGACAUCUGGAGAGAAGCCUGGUGA